CCUUUUUCGCCUUUUCUCUAUCAUUCAUCGCUUCCCGUCGUAUCUCCCUAAUCUCAAACAUCCUCCUCCUUUACUGGCCAACAGCAAGUAUCACUGUUGAUCACUUGAUUGCUGCAUUCUCUCUCUCUCUGUAGCUGAUCUCCUGAUGACUUCUAGUAAUUGCUAUUCAUCUCUUUAUCCUUUUCCUAUUGAUCUUAACGAAGAUGAUCAACACCAACAGCACCAGCUUUUCAGCUUAAAACCUCAACCACCUUCUUUAUCUUCUUCUUCUCUUACUUGUCCUAUUCUCUUCAACCCAGCUGUUCAAGAGCAAGCAGGGGGUCAUCAAAGGGAACCCCAUCAGCUCUUCCAGUAUCAAGAAGAUCAGGCUAAAAUAUAUGUUCCACAGGAUGAACCGUUGGAGAGUGACAGUGGGCUCAACUUAUCUUUACGCAAAAAAGAAGAAGGGAAUGAAAAUCAUCAAAUUGAGAAUAGUUCUGCUAAGUGGAUGUCUUCAAAGAUGAGGAUGAUGAGGAAGAUGAUAAGCUCGGAUCAUGCAGAUUUAUCGAAUAGCUCUACACGGAAAUUGGUAGAGCAAAAGCAGCAGCCAUCAUCAUCUCCAGAUAACAGCAGCAACUCUUCUUACAACAAUAACGACAACAUCACAAUUAGGGUUUGUGCUGAUUGCAACACAACCAAGACUCCUCUUUGGAGGAGCGGACCUAGAGGUCCCAAGUCCCUUUGCAACGCCUGUGGAAUUCGACAAAGAAAAGCAAGAAGAGCUAUGGCUGCAGCGGCGGCUGCAAAUGGCACUAUUGUGGCAGCUCAGACAACGCCAACGAUGAAGAGUAAGCUUCAAGAUAAAUCCAAGAGAUCAAGUAAUAGUGGUUGCGUUGCACAGUUAAAGAAAAAGUGCAAACAUAAUUCCCAAUCUCAAGGUAGAAAGAAGCUUUGUUUUGAGGACUUGAGGACAAUCUUGAGCAAGAACUCGGCUUUUCAUCGAGUUUUCCCUCAGGAUGAGAAGGAAGCCGCGAUCCUGCUGAUGGCCUUAUCGUACGGACUUGUUCAUGGUUGAAAAUUUCUCAAGUAGCUAGCUAGACUAGCUUUAUUGUUUUUCUCAGUUUGAGUAAUGUUAGGGAGAGUGUACUGGCUUUGCUAGAUCAUAAAUGUCCGAAGCCUGAGUUUGUAUGAGUGACUGAGUGAUGAAUAUUUAGACAUAAAUAAACAAAGAGAUAAAGAAUUGCAUGGA